CGAAAAGCAAACAAAAUGAUGAGGAAAUACUGUAUCUUAUUAUUGGAAAUAGUAACUUGUUUACUCUGAUGUUUCUCUGAACUGAAACUUGCUUCCUGAAAAUAUGGGGAAUUCAACUUCGGAGAAACCUAUUCAGUUUACUGGUAGUUGUUUGGCUUGAGUAAUGCUGUUUUAAAGGUUUACUAUUUUUUUAACCAUUUAUAGAUAAUGAGAGGAUCGCUUAGAAAAAAAAAAAAGUUUGGAAAGCAAUUUCCAUCAUCAUUUUCCUCAUCAUACAGUAGUGGCCAAAAUUGUAGAAACCUUUUGGGAGAAGUGUAUUUUCUAAAACUAGCUAAUAACACCACUUUUUUUGGGAGUAGUACCAUAAAAUUAUAUAUCAAUGGAAAGAUAAUUUAAUCAAGAAUGCAAUGCAAUAACUUUUAUGAAGGAUUUACUAUUAGAAUAGCAGUUACAGUAUAAAGAAGAAAAGUGAAACACUUAGAAAAAACGAGAUAUACAAAAAUUAUCACAUUAGUUAAUAUUUGGUUGGGUAACCUUUAGCAUGAAUUACGGCCUUACAUCUUCUCAUGGAGUUAACCAAGUCUUUUAGUUCUACAGCUGUUAUGUGAAACCAAGAUUGAAUUAUUACUUCUAUUAACCGGGUUUUACUGCUGGAUUGCAUUUAACUAACAAGUUUCUUCAGUUGGCUCCAUAGAUUUUCAAUUGGGUUAAGGUCUCGGUUAUUUCCAGGCCAUUCCAGCAGUAGAAUAUGACUAUCUUGAAACUCCCCCCAAAAAGUGGUGUUAUUAGCUAUCAAACCUCAAAAAUAUACUUUCCCCAAAAGAUUUCCACAAUUUUGGCCACUACUGUACAGUAUGCCUGAUAGCUGGCCAAAACUUUCCUGGCCAGAAUUUCAUUUUCCUAAAUACUCUCCUACACAGUACACUGCUAAUAAAAGUAUACCUCUAUUGUAAUAUUGUAUUAACAUAUACAAUAACCAUUUCUUGAAUCAGAUUUGGCUCUUGUAAUGACUACAGGGGAACAUCUUUAUUCAAUUUUUAUGCUGCCUCUCUCCCCUAUAAAGUCACUCUUGUAGGUUUUUAUUUUUGUCAACAAUAUCAAAUGGCUUCUAAUCUAUAUCCCUGGCUUCUAAUCUAUAGCCCUGGAGUUUUCUGGCAGAUUUCCUUCUGACUACUAACUACAAGCAAUCAAUCCUAGUAGAGCUGGAAGGGACCUUAGGGUCUUUUAGUCCAACCCUCUUCAACCAAUGCUGGUUUGUUCUUUGGGGAAUCAGUUUCGGUUGACUGGAUGAUACUUGUUUACCUAGACAUACUUACACAGCCAAAGCAUAUUCAUUUUAUUAAAAUGUCCCAAUUUUAAAGAAAAAUCUAAAUAUUUUUUUUUUGGGGGGGGGAGUGAAUCUGAAGAGCUUGUUUGGCAUUAAAUCAAAAUAUUCACAUUGUUCGUGGGGGAGCACAAUCUGCACCUGUUUUGGAAAAACAAACAUCUAGGAAUAUCUUUUGCUUCGAUAAUUUACGAGUAUAUCUAAAAUCUCCCUCAAGGCUAUAUUCCCUCCCAAAUAGAUGGAGAGGGGGGAAAAAAUCCACGUCUUGGGGAGGGCCCCAUCUUAAAUAUUCUUCCAUUUUCUCUGGGUGAGCUGUAUUUUUUGAACACGGCUAAACUUAUAGAAGUCUUACAGGUAGGAGGACAUAGAGCAGUUACGAGAUUUACUUCGCAGGCUGCUCUGGUAAAAUCUUUUUGCUCCCCCCACCAUUUACACUCUCAGUCGCGUCACAUUUGCGACUUAAGCAAAUCGCGAGUCCGCGCGCGCGCGCUCCCGCCAGUCCGCGUCUCGCAUGACGCGCGAGGCUAACUAGCCACCCCCACCCAGUCAAUCCCCUUAGCUAACCCUAAGGCCCCCUAGUGGCUGUCCAGGCGCAACGCGCCCCUCUCUCGUCCCGCUCCCCACCCGCGGCCAGCGUAGGUGGGCAAGAUGGCGGCCGGAGUGCUGCUGAGGGGGAGCGGGGGCCGCCUACGCCGUGGCUCCUUCCCAGCACCGGGGGCCAGUUUCCGUCUUUUCUACCUCAGGGGCCUUGCCUUAUCACAUAACCAAUCUGGAGAAGAUAGUUGGCUAAAAUCACUGUUUGUCCGCAAGGUUGAUCCCAGGAAAGAUGCUCACUCCAACCUCUUAGCCAAAAAGGAGACUAGCAGCCUUUAUAAAUUGCAGUUUCACAAUGUCAAACCGGAAUGUCUAGACUCCUACAACAAACUUUGUGAAAAAGUUCUGCCAAAGGUCCAUGAAGGGAAGGAGUAUCCAUGUACAUUGGUGGGGACGUGGAACACGUGGUACGGAGAGCAAGAUCAGGCUGUACAUCUCUGGCGAUAUGAGGGAGGCUAUCCAGCCCUUACAGAAGUCAUGAGUAAACUUCGAGAUGAUAAGGAAUUUACAGAGUUUCGCAAAGCAAGAGGAAACAUGCUUCUGUCCCGCAAGAAUCAGUUGCUCUUGGAGUUCAGCUUUUGGAAUGAGCCUGUUUCCAGGCCAGGACCCAAUAUCUAUGAAUUAAGGUCUUACCAAUUACGUCCUGGAACAAUGAUUGAAUGGGGCAACUACUGGGCCCGGGCUAUUCGUAUCCGGCAGGAUGAUAAAGAAGCUGUUGGUGGAUUUUUCUCACAGAUUGGGCAGUUAUACAUGGUCCAUCAUCUUUGGGCUUACAAAGACUUGCAGACGAGAGAAGACAUAAGGAAUUCUGCCUGGCACAAGCCUGGAUGGGAUGAGCUCGUGUAUUAUACGGGAGCAACAUACUUUCUUUUUUCUAAAGUCUCAGAAGAGUUUCAAAAGGCUGCAGAACAAAGCUUCUAUCACAUGUCCUAUCGAGGUUUCCCCCACAGUGCAUCUUUGUCCAUGUAAAGCUGCUUAGAGGAGAGGCAUCCAGGAGGGGUCAAGAUUGCGGCCAUAACU